AUGGCUUCUCUACGCGUCCUGCUGCUCCGGGCCCGCGGCCCGCUGCUCCCCCGGCCCGGCUGCGCGGCGCUGCGCCCCUUCGCCUCGGGAGCUAACUUUGAGUACAUCAUCACAGAAAAGAAAGGGAAGAACCACAAUGUGGGGUUGAUCCAACUGAACCGCCCCAAAGCACUCAACGCACUCUGCAACGGCCUGAUCAUGGAGCUCAACCAGGCACUGGAGGCCUUUGAGAAGGACCCGGCUGUGGGGGCCAUUGUCCUCACUGGCGGGGAGAAGGCGUUUGCAGCUGGAGCUGAUAUCAAGGAGAUGCAGAACCAAAGAUUCCAGGACUGUUACUCCACUCAGUUCUUGAGCCACUGGGACCGACUCGCCCAGGUCAAGAAGCCAGUCAUAGCUGCUGUCAAUGGUUAUGCUCUUGGUGGUGGCUGUGAACUUGCUAUGAUGUGUGACAUCAUUUAUGCUGGAGAGAAAGCCCAGUUUGCACAGCCAGAAAUCCUGCUAGGAACCAUCCCAGGUGCGGGGGGCACCCAGAGGCUGACCCGUGCUGUUGGAAAGUCUCUGGCCAUGGAGAUGGUCCUCACUGGUGACCGGAUCUCAGCCCAGGAUGCCAAGGCAGCAGGUCUUGUAAGCAAAAUUUUUCCUGUUGAGAAACUGCUCGAAGAAGCCAUCCAGUGUGCAGAAAAAAUUGCCAGCAAUUCUAAAAUCAUAGCAGCGAUGGCCAAAGAGUCAGUGAACGCAGCUUUUGAAAUGACAUUAACAGAGGGAAAUAAGUUGGAAAAGAAAAUCUUCUAUUCAACCUUUGCUACCGAGGACCGGAAAGAAGGGAUGACCGCCUUUGUGGAGAAGAGAAAGGCCAACUUCAAAGACCAGUAAGAGCUGCUGCCUCGGCCUUAAAACCUCCACUGAAAGAGGAAAAGUACAGUUAUAGAAUAAAUAAACCCUCUCU